AUGGCUGCGAUGGCAACCAUGGCUCAAGAACUCGACACACCUUCUCCAAGCAACGCAACAGCCUCUCCAGAUCUUUUUGCCAAUGCCACCAGUUCAAGCGGAGCUAUGGUGAUGCCUAGUGCCACCGUCUUCAAUGCAACGGCAACCAGUUAUUCUUUCAUGCCAUCGCCUACCACUUCAGUGCUUACUCACUUCCCAACACCGGCACAUACGGCUUCCAGUUCCUCAAUGAUGUCAAGUUCCGCUCCUUCUCAAUCUGCACCAUUCCCCGACGAUACCAUCGGAAAAUACGGCCGUUUACAUAUCAAUGCUGCCGUUCCCAGCUCGUUUCAGUUGCCAGUAUACCCAUUGUUUAUAUCAUUUUGUUUGUUGAUUCUUCUGACUCUGUAG